UUACGGGUCAAGCGGGUUGCGGGUCAAGCGAGUUGUGUGUCAAUCGGGUUUGGGUCAAGCGGGUCGCGGGUCAAUCGGGUCACGGGUUAAUCAGGUUGCGGUCAACCGGGUUGCGGGUUGGGCGUGUUGCAGGUCUUUGACUUUUAGUCAAAUCAGGUUGCGGGCGGGUUGCGAAUCAGAUUGAUUGGGCGGGUUACUCGGAUCGGGCCAUGUUUUGACACCUAUAGUUUAUAGGGACUCAAAUGAUAGUUAUUUUAGUUCAAUGGCUUGUUUGAAAGAAAUGCAUGGUACAAGAGCAAAAAAUAAAAAAAGUUUCAUAAAAACGACACCCAAUCGACAAAUACGGCACGGUGAAGAACAAACGUGCAAGCAACUGUGCAAGCAUGGUUAGUGUUACCUUUUUCUGAUCGGAUCAGGAUUAGGGGAGUAGGGUAAGGGCGCAGUGUUUAGAUUGUAUAUAUAUACAGAUCUAAAAUUCAUCUAAGGCCAUCUUUGCGGCUGCCCUGUCUCCGACGUUAUGAACUCUUUCUCUGGGCGACUUUACUCGAGAGUUCGCCGGAAAUCCUAAUGUCUUAGACAUCUUCUUCGCCGCGGAGACUUUGGGGUACGAUUUGUGAUACUCUGUUUUUUUUUUUUAUAUUUAUCGCUUUCUUCCAGAAUUUGAAAAAAAAAAGGAGACGAGUAAAAGAGAUCUAGAUUCAACAAGUUUCCAGCGGAGUCAGCAAACAAGGAAAGACAUAUCCAACCAGCCACCACGCUAUAACCAUGUCGUCCAUUUGUAGUUUCACAGAGCAGAUAGUAGAAGAAGAUAAAGGAGAUGACCCUGAAGCAGUCGCGGCUGGAUACUCUGUUUUCACGGGGAAAGAACCAGAAGGUUUGCAGGGAGAGGGUAGUAGUAGUAGUAAUAGUUGUUUAGAUCGGAUUAGUGGAUUGCCUGACGAAAUCCUCGUCAAAAUUCUGUCCGCCUUGGCCCUCGAGGAGGCAGUUAGAACUGCAGUUCUCUCAAACAGGUGGAAAGAUUUGUGGAAAUCUGCCGUAACAAUUCUGGACUUUGAGGCCCCGACGAAGUUGGAACAAAUUCAGGAUAUCUUUGGGACUCCUAGAGAAGAGCUUCAAAGGUUGCAGGAGGAGCACAGGCGUUGGUUCAUUGAUUGGGUGAAUGGGGUUGUGACGCAGCUGCAGGAGCACAAUUCUUGUGCCCCAAAACUGAGCAAGUUUCGGGUAUGUUUUAACUUAUGCAAAGCUUGCAAUUAUAGAGGAGAUAUAGAUGAAUGGCUGGAGUUUGCAAUAUCAAAGGGAGUUGAGUACCUUGAGCUGUCCUUCAAUCUGUAUUAUGAGCUUGGGACCUGGGAUCGUAAGUGCUAUCGUUUCUCACAAGAUUGUUCCCGUCACAUCAAAACUCCAACUGGGUUGGCCAAUAUCAAGUCUCUAAGGUCCUUGCGCUUGUGCUCUGUCGAUGUCAAGGGUGAGUUGCUGCAGCACUUGAUCUCUAAUUGCCCCUUGCUAGAAGAGUUGGUUGUGCACAAGUCGAGUUUGCUGAGGACACUGAAGGUCGUGGGUUCAUUAACAUCACCGAUUCCUUUGAAGCACUUGGAACUGACACACUGUCAGCAUCUGCAGUCCCUAGAGAUUGAUCAUGCCCCUCAUCUCGCACACUUGACACACGAGGGGCAUCAGGGUGUGGAAUUGCGUGUUGACAAUUGUGCACGUCUUGUGGAUGUGAACUUUGUCUGUCAAUCCAUACCUGGUUCCAUGAUUCAAUCGUUUUGUAGGUAUGCUGGUCAGUUGGAGUCCCUUACGCUGGAGCUAAGCUAUGGGGGCUUAAGCUUUCCGGAUGUGGGCGAACUCCACCUCAAGUGGCUCACACUAAGACUUCAUGCAUCAAAGGAUGAUAGUAUGCUCGGCAUGAUUCCUUUGAUCGACGCAUGCCCUCGUCUGCAGAAACUGACGGUGAAGCUCCAUACAGACACCGGUAACCAAUGUCGGCGCUAUCGACAUGUUAAAAAAUGUCGUGAGAGCAUCAAAGUGGUAGAGAUUGUUGGGUUUUCAGGCUAUCAUGUCGAUUGCGAAUUUGUUGAUUAUGUGCUGGAGCAUUACGUGGGGUUGGAGACUAUAGUGAUUGAUAGAGGAUUGACCACUCCGUUUAAGGGUCGCCUAACGAACUAUUGCGGUGAGGAACAAGCCAACAUAGCCAGAAAGCUUGCCUUGGAGCUCAAGUCUAAAGCAUCCCGGUCAGUUGAAUUUGUUGUAAUCUAGUUGUCUCAUAAUAUUGCGGUGAGGAACACGCCAACAUAGCCAGAAAGCUUGCCUUGGAGCUCAAGUCUAAAGCAUCCCGGUGGGAACCUGUAGUAUGAGCAUGCUUUUGCUGCUGCUAGAUUCGAGAAACUUGAUUCUCCUACACCAUCAUCACUUGCCUGUUCCAGUCCAUUCCACUAAUCUUUGAAACUCUUCAGGUAGAUGUUAACCACAUCCGUGUAAAGCAGAGGAGGCUGCAGGGAAGAUUGACUUUUAUUGUGGGUUACUAUGGAGCUAGAUUCUUUGGCCAAACGCAACGAACCCUCCAGGAACAAACCAUACAGUACCAAGUUAGUCAUGGUUAAUCGAGGGCAGAGGUUGGAACCACCAAAUCAGGUAUCCUUUAAGCUUAUGG